GGCCCUCCCAGCCACCGCGGAGCGCGGCGGGGUAGGCCCCGGGGACGUGGACUGUCUCCGCCCGCAUCUCCUUCGCUUCCGCCCGGCGUCGCCGCGAGACAGGUCCCUGGCGGCGAGUCAGCGGUCCUGGCCAUCCAUAGAAAGGCGCUGCCGCCCCGGGGGUAAGGAGGGAAUGGAAGGCACUCCAGCAGGCGCCCCAGGCCCGGGAGUGUGCGAGAAAGGCGGUGGUCGUAAGAGAGAGAGAGAGAGCGUGUGUGUGUGAUCGCGACGGCGUCGGACUGUAACGUCGGAACUGUGCGGUUGUGAGGCCGGCACCGGUCUGGCCUCUGGAUUCUGGUUCUCCUGACAAAUACCAAGCCCAACUGACCAGUUCUUGAAUUUCUAAACUAUGGCCCAGGGAUCAGUGAUGUUCAACGAUGUAUCCAUAGUCUUCUCUCAGGAAGAGUGGGCCUACCUGGACUUGGAACAGAAGGACUUGUACAGAGAUGUGAUGCUAGAGAACUACAGCAACUUGGUCUCACUGGCAGGAUACUUCAUUUCUAAACCAGAUGUGAUUUCCUUAUUGGAGCAAGGAAAAGAGCCCUGGAAAGUUCUGAGGAAAAGACGACGAUAUUCAGAUCUGGAGAACAAGUAUGAGGCCAUGAAGUUAACUUCAGAAAAUGAAAUUUAUGAAAUAAAUUUAUCCCAAUGGAAGAUAAUGGAAAGAAUUAAAAACCAUGGCCUUAAGGGUCUCAUUUUAAAAAGCAAUUGGGACUCCAAAAGAAAGUUUGAAGUGCCGGAAGGAUCUCAAGAGGAAUAUUUCAGUCAAGUGAAAAUCACGUCUGAGAAAGUGUCCUCUUACCAAAAACGCACAUCUGGUACUCCACAGCAGAGAAUUCAUUUUGUUGAGAAACCCUAUGAAUGCAAGGAGUGUGGGAAGGCUUUUAGAGUGCGCCAGCAACUUACUUUUCAUCACAGAAUUCAUACUGGUGAAAAGCCCUAUGAAUGUAAGGAAUGUGGGAUGGCCUUUAGACAGACUGCACACCUUACUCGUCAUCAGAGACUUCAUUCUGGUGAAAAACUCUAUGAAUGUAAGGAAUGUGGAGAAGCUUUCAUAUGUGGUCCAGAUCUUAGAGUACAUCAGAAAAUUCAUAUUGGUGAGAAGCCCUAUGAAUGUAAAGAAUGUGGGAAAGCCUUUAGAGUACGAGGACAACUUACUCUCCAUCAGAGGAUUCAUACUGGUGAGAAACCCUAUGUAUGUAAAGAAUGUGGGAAGGCCUUUAGACAGUAUGCACACCUUACUCGACAUCAGAAGCUUAAUAUUGCUGACAAGCUCUAUGAAUGUAAAGAAUGUGGAAAGGCCUUUUUGUGUGGCUCUGGCCUUAGAGUACAUCACAAACUUCAUACUGGUGAGAAACCCUAUGAAUGUAAAGAUUGUGGGAAGGCCUUUAGAGUGCGACAACAACUAACUCUCCAUCAGAGAAUUCAUACUGGUGAGAAGCCCUAUGAAUGUAAAGAAUGUGGAAAGACCUUUAGCCGUGGUUAUCAUCUUAUUCUCCACCAUAGAAUUCAUACUGGUGAAAAACCUUAUGAAUGUAAGGAAUGCUGGAAGGCCUUUAGUCGUUACUCACAACUUAUUUCACAUCAGAGUAUUCAUAUUGGUAUUAAACCCUAUGAUUGUAAAGAAUGUGGGAAGGCCUUUAGACUACUCUCACAGCUUACUCAACAUCAAAGUAUUCAUAUUGGUGAGAAACCCUACAAAUGUAAGGAAUGUGGGAAGGCCUUUAGAUUACGCCAAAAGCUUACUCUACAUCAGAGCAUUCAUACUGGUGAAAAACCCUUUGAGUGUAAAGAAUGUAGGAAGGCCUUCAGACUUAAUUCAUCUCUUAUUCAACAUCUGAGAAUUCAUUCUGGGGAGAAACCCUAUGAAUGUAAGGAAUGUAAGAAGGCCUUUAGACAGCAUUCCCACCUUACCCAUCAUCUGAAAAUUCAUAAUGUAAAAAUAUGAGAAAGUCUUUUCAGUUUUGUGUUACAGAACAUUCUGUGAAUGUAGAAAUUAAUCUCUUUUGUUUGAUAUAUGCAACCGAUUUGACAUAGAGGUUUCAUGUCACUAAAAGACUGUUGAUUUUAUGUAUUCCACCAUCACUCAAAUCUGAAAUUUCAACACAUUUGUUAUGAAAACUAAUCCUAUUAAUAAAUAUGGGAAGGACUAUCAUCAUCUCUACCCCACCAUUUUCCUACUUGUGUUAUAUUGAAUAAGACAUUUAAUUGCACCAUGCUCUAAUAUUUCCACUUAUAGGAUGGUGUUGAUAGCUGCAAAUUCUUUGACACUCUCCAUCAAGAGGUGGACUCCACAUUCCCUCCCAUGAAUAUGAGCAAACGCUGAAUACUUUUGUCCAAUACAAUACAGUAAAAGUACUAGAUUACUAGUUUCUAGACCAGGCUUUUCUGGUAGGGUUAUUUCAUUUCUUAAAAUACUCUCAUGCCCUGAACUAUUGUGCUAAAAACUAUGGUGUUCACUGUGCUAAAGAAGGAGCAUGGAGGGAACCAGCAGUUAGCGUAAUGGCUAUGUCGCUGGACUCCCACGUA